AUGAUGACGUCGAACAAUGCAGAGUCGUUCAAUACCUUAUUCAAGAAAGAUCGAGAGUUACCAAUUCUCGCAAUGCUUGAAAACAUUCGUGAGAAGCUGCAACAGUGGUUUCAUGAUCAUCGUGAGGAAUCACAGAGUUGCAUAAGUGUGCUAACCCCAGCUCAGAAAGAUAAACUCUUCAAAACUCUACAGGUGGCAAGGAAGGUAUAUGUAGAACCGCUGGAUCAGUUUCGCUUCUCCGCGAGAUGUGGAUGUAAUUUCGGAUACAUUGUCUACUUGAAUGAUAACACGUGCAUGAAUAGAUGGUUUCAGUUUGAGAGUUUUUCGUGUACAUAUGCAAUGGCAGUGACUUUGUAUAGAGGAAUUCCACCACACACCUUAUGCAGUGCUUAUUACACGACUGGUUCUUGGAGAGCAGCAUAUACCGAAACCAUAUUUUCUGUACCGAAUGAAGCCGAGUGGGAAGUUCCCGAUCACAUUCUCUCAUUGAAUAACUUGUUGCCACCACCAGUCGGUCCACGUACUCCUGGACGUACACGUACGUCUAGAUUACCAUCGACCGGAGAAUUUUCCCGACCUCAUAAGUGCAGCAGGUGUGGUACAAUAAGACAUACUAGAAGAUUUUGUACAACUCAAAUCCCUCUGCAUGACAACAUAACAGAUGUAUAA